CUCGGGGAGUGAGUUGGAUUGUGUUACCUAUCAACUGACUGUGAUAACUAACUUACUGGAUUGAUAUGGUCGUUAUUCUAAGAGAGCCCGGGUCGCCGGCCAUGUCAGUGUACGGCUACUCUAGGGGAAGCUCGUCUAGACUGGCUGACUGGGACAUCAACGACUCAAGCGUACCUCGGGUGAGUGAGUUCAACCAGUGGCAGGAAUGGGCUGACGGCCACUGCAGGCUGGUCUACCCUCCCUCCAGCGAGGAGGCCAAGAGACACGCCUCGGGUUGGGCCAUGAGGAACACCAACAACCACAACGUACACAUCCUCAAGAAGUCCUGUCUGGGUGUCCUGGUGUGUUCCAGACGGUGUGUCCUGCCCAACGGUGACUCGGUGCACUUGAGACCUGCCAUCUGUGACAAGGCGAGGAAAAAGCAACAAGGCAAGCCUUGUCCCAACCGUCAGUGCACUGGGCGUCUGGAGAUCCUUCCGUGCCGAGGUCACUGCGGCUAUCCCGUCACUCACUUCUGGAGGCAUACGGAACACGCUAUAUUCUUUCAGGCCAAGGGUGUCCACGACCACUUGAGGCCGGAGGCCAAGUCCACCAGUGAGGCUCGACGCAGCCUGGGCGCGGGCCGGAGAGUGCGAGGCCUCGCAGUCCUCCUGGCAAGAGAGGCCACACUCGGCAACAAGUUACUUACCCUGAGGGAUACCAAGAGAUCUUCCUGUGAUAUGGAGGAAACACCCAACAGCAGACAGCUCCUCCCUCCUCCUCUCAUCUCAGAUGUGGACAAGACAGGAUACAGCUGUUCGUGUCCUCCGUUUGAGUGUGUGUGUUCGUCCCGAGUGUGUCCCUCCAUGCAGAACACCUGGGACACCUACUGGCCUGCAGAGAAUACCACUCAGGGCACUCCAGAACACUACAUGGAGAACACACCCGCACCUCUCUACGACUUCAACCUCUGCAACGAUCUCUUCCAACCAGAGGAGAUCUUCCAGCUUGACCAACCUCUACGGACGACAGAGAUGACCAUGACAGAGUCCACCUCCAAGUCUCCCACCACUCUGUUGGACCUAGGCAGCGGAACCAUUCACCGUAGCUUAAAGUCCGAGCCGGAGCCCUACUGGAUGCUACCUGGAUCCUCAAUGAGUGUGGAGGACAGCAACAGUAGCUGUCAGUUACCCCAGUGUUCCCCCGAGUCAGCGUCUCAGCCUGCGAUAGAAGACUCUGCGUGUUCGGUCUCACGAUCUCACUACCCCUCCGAGUACAUGCAGCGUGAAGCGUUAGGGCUGAUGAACUUUCACUUUGACGACAAAGACAAUUACAAUAAGUUUGAGGGCGAGCACUCUAGGAUGUACUACGAAGACACGAGAUACCUUGGUUCUGAACAUAUGAUUGUACCUGACGAGUUUCAACCGACGAUGCACGAGUCCCGACUGAUGGCUCCUUACGAACCUAGCAUCGAGUGUUACGCUCGACCCCCGCAAUUUCCUGACCAAAGCAAUAGUUCGCAAGAAGAUUGCCUCGCUUUCCCGCAACCCGCGAGUACACUUACGGACACAAACUUCUUCCAGUCAUUUCAGUUUCAAAACAACAACUACUUCCAGCACUUACCGCACCAUUAGAUUUAAAUUGUAAAUAAGUCAUAAAAUGUACAAA